AGGUGGAAAACCGAACGAGAAGAAGAUCGAAUGCAGUGGAGAUUCCAGAACAGGGUGAUGACCACAUUCUUCGUUUGUGCAGCUUCUUGGAGAAUAUGGACCCCUGUACUGACUUAUGCUGAGAGGAGAAGAGGGGUAUUCCGUGUCUUGCUGCGGUGUUGGUGUGUGGCUCUGACGUUUCUGCGUUUUUUUUUCUACUGGAAAUCCCGGGAUGGUCACUCCCUUUGACUGCCAGCCAACCACGAUACCGAUGUACCUCUAUAAUACAGGUUCUAUAUGCAUCAUCGCUGAGAACACACGGAUUCGCCAUAGCUCAUUCACCACACACAAGGAUCUCAACAAACAUCUAGGAAACAUCUCCAAAUGGCGUCGCCUCUGAAAGUGUGCAUUGUCGGCUCUGGAAACUGGGGUUCAGCCAUUGCCAGGAUAAUCGGUAGUAAUGCUCAGGCCCUGCAGCGUUUCGCCACCACAGUCAAGAUGUGGGUGUUUGAGGAGACCGUGAACGGCAGGAAUCUCACAGACAUCAUCAACACAGACCAUGAGAAUGUCAAGUACCUGCCUGGAUACAGACUGCCUGACAACGUGGUGGCUGUACCUCAGCUCCAGGAUGCUGCUGAGGGGGCUGACCUCCUGGUGUUUGUGGUUCCUCACCAGUUCAUCAGGAAGCUGUGUGAUGAGAUGGUGGGCUGUGUCUCCUCCCAGGCCAGGGGAAUCACACUCAUUAAGGGAAUAGACGAGGGUCCGGAGGGCCUGAAGCUCAUCUCGGACAUAAUCAGGGAGAAGAUGGCAAUAGACGUCAGUGUUCUGAUGGGAGCGAACAUCGCCAACGAGGUGGCAGCAGAUAAGUUCUGUGAGACCACCAUCGGCAGUAAGAUCAUGGAGAACGGCCUGCUCUUCAAGGAGCUCCUGCAGACUCCUAACUUCAGGAUCACAGUGGUGGACGAUGCAGACACUGUAGAGCUCUGUGGAGCCCUGAAGAACAUCGUAGCGGUAGGAGCAGGGUUCUGUGAUGGGCUGAGGUGUGGGGACAACACCAAGGCAGCGGUAAUCAGACUAGGACUGAUGGAGAUGAUAGCCUUCGCUAAGCUCUUCAGUAAAGAUGGCGUCGUCUCCUCUGCAACCUUCCUGGAGAGCUGCGGCGUGGCUGACCUCAUCACCACCUGCUAUGGAGGACGCAACCGACGCGUGGCCGAGGCCUUCGCCAAGACAGGAAAGACUAUUGAGGUCCUGGAGCAGGAGAUGUUGAAUGGCCAGAAGGUCCAGGGUCCUGCUACCUCAGCUGAAGUCUACCACAUCCUCAAACAGAAGGGACUGGUGGAUAAGUACCCUCUGUUUGUGGCAGUGUAUCAGAUCUGUUUCGAGGGCAAGCCGGUACAGGACAUGAUCUCCUGUCUACAGAGUCACCCAGAGCACCUGUGAGUGCAUCUAGCUAGGUAUGCUAGGCUAACCUCAGAUAGCAGAGCUAGCUCCAUCUCUCCUCUCCAGCUGCUCUCCUCUGACCUCUAUCUACUGAGAAGCUGUUCUUUCAAACAAGGGCCAGGUCAAUUCUCCCUCCCCUUCCCUGCCCCUCCCUCCCCAAUUUCCCUCCCUCCAUCCCUAACCCUCCCUCUGUCCCUCCCUACCCUUCCCUCCCCUCUCUCCCCAACCCUUCCCUUCCUCCCUCCCUUCCCACCUUACCUUCCCUCCCUCCCUCCCACCCUACCUUCAUUCCCUCCCUACCCACCCUACCCUUCCCUCCCCACCCUACCCCUCCCUCCCACCCUACCUUCCCUCCCUCCCUCCCCACCUUACAUUCCCUCUCUCCCUCCCCACCCUACCUUCCCUCCCCCUCCCUCCCCACCUUACCUUCCCUCCCUCCCACCCUACCCUUCAAGGUUCAGGGACCAAAAGUUACAGAGUAGAUGCUAUUUACAAUAUUGUUGUGUUAAAGAGAUGAGCCAAGGGUGCUGCUAAGUGUCUGGUGAAUCAGUACCUCACAUUGACAUACAAUAUCUACGGGUGGAUGUCAGUUUCCUUCGGUGCUAUUGAACCUGAAUGACCUCCGAUGCCACUAGCCAGCCAUUAGGGCUCAAAAGUGGCUCUAUGGACACUAUUCAGCAUGGGUCUCAAAUGCACUUUUUUUAUUUUUUUUUAUUUAAUCACGCUGACAGAACCAGACAUUGCCCUUUCAAUUAUUUUUUUAUUUCACCUUUAUUUAACCAGGUAGGCUAGUUGAGAACAAGUUCUCAUUUGCAACUGCGACCUGGCCAAGAUAAAUUAGUGUGUGUGGGGGGGGAUGUUAGAACAUAAUUAACUUGGUGAGAUGUAAUUCGUUUCAGUGGCACAUUUCAAAAUCGUUAAUUAGAAUAGAAUGGAAUUACUACAUUAUUCCCCCAGAGGGAACUUCUGUCAUUUUAUACUGUUUCACUGCCAUUCACAUCGUUUUAAUGACAUUACUUUACAGUCAAUCCCAAUGGAGUCAUACAUUGUUUUUACAAAGGGAACGAGUUGUCUUGAACUCACUGAAAUCCAGUUUCCCCAGUUCUGAGUUUCCAGUUGUUUUGGAAAAAGGCAGAAGUCAUGCUGGAUUGACAGCAUGGUCAAUGUGGAAUGUUUAUCCUUUUAAGUUUAGAAAAGAGGCCCAUAAACCCAGACUUGGACCACACAUCCACUCCACUGAAUAGCAGGAUAGUGAUUGCCUUGCAAUGCUUGCAGUUAGCCGCUGAUUCCUUCCAAACCACUCAUUGUUGAAUUUACAAUUCCCCAACUUGUUGUGUAAUGUUUAUGUCCAAUGGUCGAUGAGCACCGAUACGUUUUAUCUAUAAUUUCUCUUAAUUAUUUAUCUUCAUAUGAAAAGGAUUAAAUGAUUUGCCAGUAGAUCGAUGACUUAAUUCAUGACGAUGAGUGCUAGCUAAGAUUGUGAAAGUAUGAUGUUGACAUGAUCAGUCCAAUCAAAGCUGCUUUAGAUAUAACGUGAUUUGACGUCAUUCUUUCUGUAAGCCAAUGACCUUGUAGUCCUUCUUGGAAGGACACUUCUAAUGUAACUCUAUGGCAGCACCCAAGGGGAUUGAAUUUUCAAGCUCCACCCUUAGAUUUGGCGGUGUCGUAGUGUCCCCAUGAGUGGCGGCCCCACCACCACAUAAAGCACUGAGCUCGGCUGAAACACCUGCAUUUUGGACCUGCCUUACUCAAGAAAGCAACAAAAAAAGAAACCAAGUUUGUACGCGGCUUUAUUAACUCAAUUGUUUAUUUUUUGACAUUGUUUGCAAACUGAUAUGUGACACGUAUUAAUGCCAAAAUAACAUGCACAACAGACAGCCCCCACCAUGUUUUGUUUUGCUAGAACAGUGAAUGAAAGGUCGUUAUUCACUCUUAAAAGAAACGGUGUCUGGAAGAACCUCUUUUGGUUUGCCACAAAGGUGGAACAUUUACAUUUGAAAAAGGUUGGUCGAGAAACCCCCUCUGAAAAGGUUCAUUGAGGAAACCCCCUCUGAGAAGGGUUGUCGAGGAAACCCCCUCUGAAAAGGGUCGUCGAGGAAACCCCCUCUGAAAAGGGUCGUCGAGGAAACCCCCUCUGAAAAGGGUCGCCGAGGAAACCCCCUCUGAAAAGGGUCGCCGAGGAAACCCCCUCUGAAAAGGGUCGUCGAGGGAACUCCUGGGUAAAGUUUCAAACCGGAUCCUUUUUGUGAUGGUAGGAGUUCUUUUUUUUUAACCUUUUAAUUAUAUAUUGUAGAGGUGGCAGCCUAUCAGAUUGAAGGCGUGGCUUAUUGGAGGCAUGGCUUUCAGAUAGUUAUUUUUGGUCACCCGUUUAGCGUAAAUGUCAUUCCUGUUCGUUAGGUUUGUACACUGCAAUUUAAAAUGUUCCUUGAAUAUGUAUGCAUAUUACAUAUUCUAAUAUAAUAAUAUUAACAUGGUUGAUUACAUGCAGAAACUAUUCCAACUUUGGGAUAUGCAUAUAGGUUAGUGAGGAACUCCAGGGUUCCUCGAGUCACCACUAAUUCUAAGUGUGUAGUGAUUGACAGAUCCAUUUGUGAAUGGCAAGAGUCUAAAACAAUAGUGUAUGCAUAGUACUUGUAGUAGUACCUGUACCUGUAGUACCUGUACCUGUAGUAGUACCUGUAUAGUUGUACCUGUAGUAGUACCUGUAUAGUAGUACCUGUACCUGUAGUAGUAGUACCUGUAUAUUAGUACCUGUACCUGCAGUACCUGUACCUGUAGUAGUACCUGUACUAGUAGUACCUGUACUAGUAGUACCUGUAUAGUAGUACCUGUACCUGUAGUAGUACCUGUAUAGUAGUACCUGUACCUGUAGUAGUAGUAGUACCUGUAUAGUAGUACCUGUACCUGUAGUAGUAGUACCUGUAUAGUAGUACCUGUAUAGUAGUACCUGUACCUGUAGUAGUAGUAGUAGUAGUAGUAGUAGUAGUAGUAGUAGUAGUAGUAGUAGUACCUGUAUAGUAGUACCUGUACCUGUAGUAGUAGUACCUGUAUAGUAAUACCUGUAGUAGUAGUACCUGUAUAGUAGUACCUGUACCUUGUAGCAGUACCUGUACCUUGUAGUAGUAGUAGUAGUAGUAGUAGUACCUGUAUAGUAGUACCUGUAGUAGUAGUACCUGUAUAGUAAUACCUGUAGUAGUAGUACCUGUAGUAGUAGUAGUAGUACCUGUAUAGUAGUACCUGUACCCUACUGCAUAUAUAGGCAUUUCAAUGUGUUUUUAUACCAUUAUUAAAAAAGGGUUUAAUUUGUUUCCCUAUAUCAUCUAA